UGCUGUGCGCACAGACCACCCUUGUCCUGCACUGUCCCUGUUGUGCACACCGACCCCCCGUGUCCUGAACUGUCCCUGUUGUGCGCAACGAUCCCCCCGUGUCCUGAACUGUCCCUGUUGUGCGCACCGACCACCCAUGUCCGGAACUGUUCCUGUUGUGCGCAUCGACCCCCGUGUCCUGAACUGUCCCUGCUGUGCGCAUCGACCACCCGUGUCCUGAACUGUCCCUGUUGUGUGCACCGACCACCCGUGUCCUGAACUGUCCCUGUUGUGCGCACCGACCACCCGUGUCCUGAACUGACCCUGAUGUGUGCACCGACCACCCUUGUCCUGAACUGUCCCUGCUGUGUGCACUGACCACCUGUGUCCUGAACUGUCC